GAAAGUGAGGGAGUAAACGAUUGAGGGCGAGAGACAGAAAGAGGUAGUGUGUGCAUAUGUGUCAGUGUCCAUAAUUGAUGACCUUCCAAUCUACAAUAAGUUGUUAGUGGUGGUCAAUUGCGGCUGCUUUUUUGGGCUUCACUGUCCAACGGAUGGUUUCAUGUUGUGGCUCAUGUGUCACCCAGUGGAAAGGAGAAGUGGGACUUUAACUGGACUCAAAGUCUCCCUACCCUGCAGCAAAGCGACCAACAUGCGGUUGCAGAAGCACCUGUGAUCGGAUAUCCCACAACUUUUAAUUUAGACAUCAUUAUUUUGAAAUAUAACCAGAGCAUAAACAAUUCUCCGACCUGAUAAGCUACUAUGACCUCCAAAGAGCCCACGGUUAUGGAGGACCGGAGACGCAGUGCGCUGGACCAGCUCCCGCCGCCGGCCAACUCCAGCAAGCCCCUGACGCCGUUCAGUAUAGAGGACAUCCUGAACAAGCCCUCGGUGAAGAGAAGUUACUCCAGCUGCGGGACGGCGCACCUGCUCUCCUCCAGCGAGAAGCUGUCCUCUUCGAGUCACAAUCUGUGCAGCCGGGCCCUUUUCACCCAAACCUCCCCACUCUGCGCUCUGGAGGAGCUCGCCAGCAAAACCUUCAAAGGUCUCGAAGUCAGUGUUCUUCAAGCGGCAGAGGGCCGAGACGGCACGACACUAUUCGGUUCGCGGAAUAACCCCAAAAAGCGCCGGAAGUCUCGCACGGCCUUCACCAACCACCAGAUCUACGAGUUGGAGAAGCGCUUCCUGUACCAGAAGUACCUGAGUCCAGCUGACCGCGACCAGAUAGCACAGCAGCUCGGCCUCACCAAUGCACAGGUAAUCACCUGGUUCCAAAACCGGCGGGCCAAGCUCAAACGCGACCUGGAGGAGAUGAAGGCGGACGUGGAGUCGGCCAAAUCCGUGGGCACAGUGUCUUUCGAGAAGAUGGCCAAACUAGCCGAGCUGGAGAAAUGCGCAGCUAACGGCGCGCUGGGCCCUAACAGAACCGAGUCACCCUCGCUAUCGAACCAUGAGCAUGACACAUCGAACAAACUAUUAUUGUCCUCACCUUCAUCGCCAUAUACAGACCAUACUAGCAGCAAGGGUUGCUCCGACGAUGAGGAGAUUGACGUGGAUGACUAAGGAUUUUACCUUUGUAUCUCCCUCUUACCACGACGAAAGUUUGAAGUGCCAUUAAUGCACCACAUGUAUUCAUGAGGCUUUUAUGAAGAACACUCAGCAUUGCAUGGACUGUGUCAUAUGCAACGACAGAUGCAGACAGUUAUUGUAUUCAUCCAUUCAUUUAACUAAAGUGGAAUAGUUUAAAGAAAAGCAAUAUGUACACUUAACCUAUCCACAAAUUAUCUGUCCACACACACACACACACACACACACACACACACACACACACACACACACACACACACACACACACACACACACACACACACACACACACACACACACACACAGUCUUACCAUUACGGGCUAACAACACUAGCUAAUAACUCAACUUAUGAAUUAUUUCAAUGCAUGUUUUAUUUUGUUUAACUUCAUUUUAUUUUAAACGACUGUAAUGGUUUGAAUAUUAUAGGGGCAUUCAUAUUGAAAUACACACAACGUACUGUAUGUUAGGCUGUGUGUGAGUGUUGUAACUAUACCAUAGGUCUACACAUUUCAAACGUUUGAUAAUGGUGGGAAUACAUUUUCUAAAAUAAUAAUCAAAGAUAAAUAAUAUUUCAUCUGGUUGCUUGUAAUAUCAGUCACAAUUUAAUAUAUUUAUAAUGGUUUGUAUACCUGUAAGUGCCUUUCAAUGCCAGAACACCAUUUAAAACCUAA